ACCUACAACAAAAUCUACAGUUCCAACAACUACAACCACGACACUACCUACAACAAAAUCAACAGUUCCAACGACUACAACCACGACAGUACCUACAACAAAAUCUACAGUUCCAACUACAACAACCACGACACUACCAACUACCAAAACGACCACCCCCGUACCGACAACUAAAACAACAACAACACUCGCUGCAUCAACUGGUGUUCCACCAAAAACAAUUCCUCCAGUAACUACAAUGUGUGCGGUGUGUUCUGGUCCCAAGUUUCUGUGUGAAAAGUUGUUUGCGCCGACACCUUGUGCCCCACCCAACAAUUAUUGUAUCAACUCCAUAACCAACCAUCUAGAUGGUACCAAAACUGUUGAGAGAUCAUGUGGGAAUUUUGACACGUGUUAUCGGGAAUGGUUUGAAGGGUCAUCGGAUGACGACAAAUGUCGAGACUUUGACGGUAAUGACCAGCAGUUCCUGGACUUCCACUGUACGUUCUGCUGUACUACUGACAACUGCAAUACCCCACUGCACCCAUCACAGGAUUCUUUGUACAAACCAGUAUAACUUCCAGCACAUAAAGCAUACUUUGCUCCCACACACUUAAGAAUACUUGAUAGUGUGUGCACUAUAUUAUUAUACAUGUAAACCAUACAUGCAAAAUAAAUAAAUUUGACAUUUUAAAGUUA